AUGUCCACUUACGCCUCGCGCUGCACAGAUGGGGACGAUUACGGAGGUGGUGGAGGAGGAGGGUUCAUGCAAGGCGAGCUAGCGACGAGCAGCUCAAAAUACGCGCAUCUCAACGAUCGACUUGCAUCAAUCGACUUACCUCCGUUCCUCCACAAUAGCAAUACACCCGGGGGCACCGGCCGUGUCGACCAAGCUCUACAGCCCGUGACGAUCAAACAAGUGCUGGAUGCCGAAGCCUCAAACUCCGACUCGGCAAUUUCGAUCCAAGAUAUCGAUGUCACUAAUGUCUCGUUCUGUGGAGUGGUUCGUGAUAUUGUCAGGAACGCAACCAACGUACUGUUGCAGGUCGGAGAUGGAACAGGCGGAAUCGAAGCCCGAAAGUGGAUCGAUUCGAGCGAUGGGGAGAGCGAAGGGUUCGAGGCUGAGACGGGAAUUCAGUUUCAAUUCGAGAUUGGGUACGAGUGA